GGAGCAGGACACCUGGUCCGUCUAGUGGUUGUGGAUGAGGCGAAUGAAGCGAAAGUUUUGAGGAGGCAGGGACAGGGUAGAUCCUUGGAAGGAGGGAAGAAAGAGCGCAUUCGAGAAUGGAAGAUUGCGUGACGCGCACAACUUUGCCGAAGCGAGGAAAACAGGAGUUCGGACGUCUCGUUUAAAUGCUUAACUCAGCUGAACUCAUUGGAGUUAAGAUUCCAGACAGUGAGAACGCUAGCACCGUGCACCACAACGAUUCCGAAGACAGCGUGGGACGGAGAAACAUACCCUUGCGUUAGUGCGUAUUUGACUUUCAAAUGAAUGCCUUCGGAAACUUUAUUAUCCACCAAAAUGUUCAAGUUUACUGAAGAAGACAGCUGCAGAGUUUUCUCCUUUUGUUCCGUUCUGCAAAUAUGAUCCCUGAUUUAUCCUUUGAGAGCCAGCUGGAAAAUCAGUUCUAGUUCCAAAACUUACAAUCACGGAAUUCACAGGAAGUUUACGAGUUCAUUCUUUGGAGAUGAGUUGGACUUGUUUACGGCUGUUACCUCUUGCCAUCUCACUGAUGCUUCUGAGUGGAACUGGAGCCUUUCCACUGUGGAGAAGAGAGAUGGAGGCUGUCGUCCGUUCGCCGCGCCCUUACGUCCAGGUGCCCUCGCCGGCGGACGUGCAUUCCCGGGUGGCUCUGGCCAGGUCCAAGCGCUACGCCAUCAACCCCCUGGGCUACAAGUGGGAACACUUCAACCUUACCUACAAGAUUACGAAGUUCCCUAAUACGUUGAACAAAGAUGACACGCGUAAAGCCAUCAGCAUCGCUUUCACUAAGUGGAGUGACGUGUCCCCCCUCUCCUUCACCGAAAUCACCAACCCCAACAAGAGCGCCGACAUCGUCAUUGGUUUCUAUACCUUCAAUCACACGGACUGCUGGUGGUCUCCACUGCACCCGUGUUUUGAUGGUCUGAAUGGGGAGCUGGCCCACGCCUUCUUGCCUCCGCGAGGGGAGAUCCACUUUGACAACCAUGAGUUCUGGAUCCUGGGAAAGUCCCGCUUCAGCUGGAAACAAGGUGUGUGGCUCAAUGACCUGGUCCAGGUGGCGGCCCACGAGAUCGGCCACGCCCUGGGCCUGUGGCACUCGCAAGACCCGCAGGCCCUCAUGCACCCCAACGCCACCUACACCGGCCAGAGGAACAUCGCGCAGGACGACAUCUGGGGCAUCCAGAGACUCUAUGGCUGCCAAGACAAGCGUCGUGUCUGUGAGCCCUGGGCGAGGUUGGGCUUUUGUGAAAGGCGGAGGAGCUUCAUGAAGAAACACUGUCCUCAGCGCUGUGACCUUUGCUACGAGCCUCUGGAUGCCAUCAGCACACCCACUCCGCCCCCUGCCAACGUCAAGGUGAAGAUGGUGCCCCGUGGAAAAGUGGUUGGCUUCCGCUGCGGGACGAAAAGUGCCAAGGUGCCCCCCAAAGUCAGCUGGUAUAAAGAUGGGGAGCAGCUCGUCACCUCAAUCCCAGGCUAUAUAGUCAUGAAGGACCGCGACCUGCGCAUCGUAGCCAACGAGUUCAACGAGGGCACCUACACCUGCCGCGUCCAUCGCCGUGGCAACGUGGUCUCGGCCAACUCUUGGGCUAUCCGUCUGAAGCCAGAGCGCUCGUCCAACAGCUGAUGGGGGCCCGCUUGGGUCAAAAAAAGGCACAGUAAAGGGAGAAACAAGUCCAGUAGUCGUGCCUCCAUCUGCUGAACCAUUGCCUGACAUGAAGACCUUUUGCUACUUCAGUUCUGUGGUCUGAAGUCUUGUCACCAUAUCUCAGCAGCAGUUUAUCUCAUCAACAAGAAACUUGUGGUCAUUCAUGAAUACCAACUCCCAUGGGUUUUCAGUAGGAAUGAUAUGGUCAGGAAGCUCGACUUCUGCCGAAUAUCAGGAGUCUACUUUAUUUUUUAAAAGACUAACAAACCAUGGACCGUCUUAUGUAGUUGUGUGAAUGACAUCUGUUAUUUCUAUCAGAGAACCUUCUCUCUGCAAUGUAUACUCAUAGAGAAAAUACACAAGGAGAGCUGUGGAAUGCCGUUCCUGUUUUUUCCAUUAUUGAUUUCUAUGUUCCACUAACUCCCUUGUGGUUCAGCAUUCUGCUGAUAUCUGAGACUGUCUCUGCUAAACUGCAAGGCAAACAUAAAUGACUACAUCCUGAGCACAAGUCAGUCAUGUUAGGGCUUUAGAUCAACCUACUGUAGGUCUUCAAGGUAAAUGCUAAUACAGAGCCAUUGAGAAACAAAAGAAAUACUGAAACCUAGCCUAUCCCUCUUCUCCAUACACUGUUCCACAAUGUCAUGGGCAUUCAUGUUGUGUUAGGGAUUAUUUUAAAUGUGUUUGAAUCUAUACCUAUGUGCAGAUGUGGGUCGGUAUUGUUCUGUAUGUGUACACUGAAAUGCACAGUAGAAGAUCUGAAGAAAUGUGACAUAAUUGGAAAAAGGGCUAAUUUUGUUAGAGGCUAGUUUAUUCUCUGUUGUUACAAGUAUGAUGUGUUGAGAUGUGUUUGUUGUUAGAGAAGAGAUACACGCAUGUAGAAGAAUAGCAAUUAAGGUAUAUUUGUUUCAGUGAAUUGUUGACUUGCAUAUGUAAGAUGAUCAAGAACAGUCAGUCAGUUGUGCCAAUUUAUGUACUAGAAAUACUCUGACUGGUUUCGCAGUGACAACAUCCUUACUACUAAUACACAGGAAAGAAACCUGAGCAACUGAAAUCAAUAAUAAAACAUUUAUUACAUUGA